GAUCCGUCAGUCAAUCCCAGUCAGCAGUGUGUGAUCUGGUGUGGUCAGUGUGUCAGUCAGUGUACGAGCGCUCGGACGGCGGUGCUCGUCAUCGGUGUCCCACCGGGAGUGUUCGAUUAUUACUGCUUCGUGUCACCGAAGACCCGCGAUCCGGUUCGCGGCACACCAAGGGAGAGAGCGCGCGAGAAGGAGAGGAGAUCCCGUGAGAGAUCUCGGGCGAGCAAAAGUGAGAGAAGAAGCGAAGAUACGUCGCGGGACGACGACGAGCAUCGCGCCACCGCUGCGCCGGGGAAAACGGCGGAGCAGCAGCAGUAGCAGCGGCAACCGAGCGCGAGGUACUCUCUCCUCUCUCUCUGUCUGUGUGUCUCUCUCUCUCUAUCUCUGUCCAGAGGAUGGCGGACACGAGAGACAACUGCGCCGACAGCGUGCAGUUCUUCGAAGGAGUGGAGAAGCUUCUGGAGAUCUGGUUCACCAGCUCCUCCAAGGACAGCCAGCGAGGCGAUCUGCGGCAGAUACCGCGGCAAAAGUGGGAAGCGUUGCUGAAGAUUGUUCGUUGCGAGAUCAUUAGCUUCUGUCGCAGUGAACAAGUAGACGCCUACGUUCUCAGCGAGAGCAGCAUGUUCGUGUCGCAGCGCAGGUUUAUACUGAAGACAUGCGGCACCACCACACCCCUACAGUGUCUGCAGCCGUUGCUAAAGCUCAUCAAGGAGUAUACCGGUUGCGACGAAGUCGAGAACGUCUUUUACUCGCGAAAGAAUUACAAGAGACCGGAGCUCCAGAUCUCGCCGCACCAAACUUUCAAUGAGGAAGUCACUCUACUACAUUCCCUUUUCGGCGGCGGCGAUGCUUACUGCUUGGGCUCAAACCCGGAUGAGGAGUGCUGGUAUCUAUACGCCUUAUUCAAGGACAAGGCUCUGCAGGACCCGCCGGAGCCGGAUCAGACUUUGGAGAUACUCAUGACGCAUUUGGAUCCGGAAAUAAUGUCGAUCUUCACCAAAGACAUCUGCUCGUCCGCCGACGAGGCGACGGUGAAGUCAGGCAUCAAUAAUUUGAUCCCCGACAUGAUUAUAGAUGACUUCCUGUUCGAACCUUGUGGAUACUCCAUGAACGGAGUGUCGAAGAAUGGCAAGUACAUGACGAUUCACAUCACGCCGGAGCCGGAGUUUUCCUAUGUGUCCUUCGAGAGCAACGUCGCAGAGGCGUCAUACGACGAGAUAAUCAAACGGGUGCUCGAUACAUUCAAUCCAGGCAAGUUCCUUGUCACGAUCUUCGCCAACAAGGAGUCCGCGGCCGCUAAUUGUCCGCACGAUCUCAAGAAUUCCGAUUUUCUGAACCGCACCGGCGAAUGGCUGCGCACCGACGUGCAGUACUGUCACUUCAAAAAAUACGAUUUGACUUGCGCUUUUUACUCGCGCCGGCAUAGCUGAGGGUUCAAGAACGCU